AUGGGCGUGAUACCGGACAAGAAGAAGUUGACCUUUGACGACAAUGGCAAGUUCAAGGUCUGUGUGUUUUCAGAUAUGCACUUUGGCGAGCGUUGGGGCAACGGCUCGUUCGCAGCUUGGGGGCCGGAGAAUGACAAUCUCACAAAUUAUGUCCACGCCACCAUCCUUGACCAAGAGCAGCCGGAUUAUGUCGUGUUCAAUGGUGAUAUCAUGACUGGUGAAAACGUCUUUGCGGAUAAUGCUACCGGCUACAUGGAUCAGUGCUUCCGUCCCACUGUUGAGCGUAAUCUGCCAUUCUCAAGCACCCAUGGAAACCACGACAAUGCGGACCACAUCACUCACGACGAGGAAAUCAAGUAUGAGAUGGCACACUACAGCAACCUUUCAUAUACGCGAUCAGAUGUUGGUCCCGCACCGUACGGGAACGGAAAUUACUGGGUUCCGGUUUAUGCCAACGCGGAUGACUGGGCUCCCAAAUUGAUUAUGUGGUUCUUCGACUCGCGAUCCUUCGUCUCUGGUAGUGGUGAUGGUCCAGGACCCAUCCCCGAGGCGGCAGACUUCUACUGGGUCGACCCUGACUCCGUACCAUCGUACAUCCAGCAACAGUCUCUGCUCAUGAAACUCACGUGGGGAUCGGUUCCUCCUUCUUUGGUCUUCGUUCAUAUCCCAUUCGAGUUCUCUGAAACUAUUUCGACCCUGCAAACGCCAGGCGAUCACGAUGAUGAGCCGAAUCCUGCCGUACAAGGAUACGCGGCUCAUCAGGUGUACACCGGUCUAGAUCUUCCCACCUUCGACGCCAUCAACGAUUGCCUGAAUGAGGGUCAAAAUAAAGUCAUGGCCAUUACUUCGGGACAUGAUCAUGGGGAAUCUUGGUGUGCUCGCACUCGAACCUCAUCUGGCAUCACCUUGUGCUUUGACGGUCACUCGGGAUACGGCGGAUAUGUCACUCCACAUUCUGAAGUCCGGAAUGCCAGAAUUUUUGACCUCGAUCUGAACAAUCUCAACUGGAAUCCGACCGUUGAGACCUGGUUGUCUUACGAGAACAAGACUAUCAACACCCAGGAGACUCUCGGCCCGAAUUUCAUGGCUACCUACAAUCAAUCUCCUGACUGGUCAGCCAACAUCCUGCACAGUACUACCAACGAGUAG